AUGAAUACAAUACAAAAAUCAAUUGGUAGAAUAAUAGGGGUUUGUGGUUUGAAUGCAUCAGAUCAAGGUUAUGGUAUACUCUCACUCUCUGAUGCUCUUCGUCGUGAACUAAAGCAAAGAAGUAUACCAGAGACAAGAGAUAAUCUAAUAUCCAUGGGCAAUGAAUUAAGAAAUAAAUAUGGAGCAGGUAUACUAGCGUCAAUGAUCUUAAAGAAUUUAGAUUUAAAUAGCAACUAUGUAAUAGAUUCAAUUAGACAUCCCGAUGAAGUAAAAGAGCUGAGAGCUGGUCAGCAUCAGUUUUGUUUGGUUGGUGUAGAUUGUCUACCAUCGGUGAGAUAUCAACGUUUGGUAUCGAGAGCAAGAGUCGGAGAGACAGGUCCGUUGGAAUACGAGGAGUUUCUAAAGAUCGAUCAACGUGAGUCCAAUAACCCCGAUCCCAAAGGACAACAAGUUGCAUCGGUAUUGAAAUCAUCAGAUAUUCUCAUUGACAACAAUCAGGAUCUAGAUCAUUUCAAAUCACAAUUAAACUCACUAAAUCAACAAAUCGAUCAAUAUUUUCAAAAUAAUAAUAAUAAUAAAUCAUUAGUGAAUGUCAACGCAAAGAAAAAGAAUGAAUCCGUAUUUGAUAUUCUUUACUUGGAAAGAAAUAGUAAGACCAAAAACAUAGAAUAUUUAGUCGACCGAAAUCAAAUCAUUUAUAUUUCAUUGCAAAAGAAGAAAAAUUAUUAUCUUGACAUAAAUUAUAAUACUAAUCAAUCUAUCAACGAAUCAAUUAAUCUAAAAUCGAUCAAAUCAAAUCAUAAUCAUUAUUAA